CGGCGGGCAGGGGAGGUUCCCCGCGCGGAGGGAUCCGGCGGCCGUGAAGAACUUUUGCUCUGUACUGAUGACAUUUACCUGAGCAGUGAAUCAACUAGUAAGAGAGAGUGAGCUGUGCAUAAGGAAAAGGACUAAGGAGCCUGCAGAAAAAUGGAUGAUGAUGAUGACGACGUUCCCCAGCUUUCAUCCCAUGCGUUGGCUGCCCUCCAGGAGUUCUAUUUGGAACAGCAGCAGAGAGAAGGCAUGAAGACCUCCCAAGGGUUUAAUCAAUAUUCUGUUGGCUCAAUAGAAGAAGACUGGCAGCUGAGCCAGUUUUGGUACAGUGAUGAAACUGCAUCACGCCUGGCUAAUGAAGCGGUGGUGGCAGCUGGAAAAGGUGGCAGUUAUUGUCUCUUUUUCAGGAUAGCCUGUGUUAGUGCACCAAGUGUGUACCAGAAACUGAAAGAACAGGAUGGGGAAGAUUUUUCAGUGUGUAUCCUGGAGUAUGACAGAAGGUUUUCUGUAUAUGGAGAAGAAUUUAUCUGCUAUGAUUACAACCAGCCUUUGAACUUACCUGAAAAUCUCCUGCCACACAGUUUUGACAUCGUAAUAGCAGAUCCACCCUAUCUAUCAGAGGAGUGUCUUCAAAAAACUGCAGAGACCAUCAAAUACUUAACAAAAGGAAAGAUUCUGCUUUGUACAGGUGCAAUCAUGGAGGAACAGGCAGCAAAGCAUCUUGGUGUGAAGAUAUGCAAGUUUAUUCCAAAACACUCUCGAAAUUUAGCCAAUGAAUUUCGGUGUUACGUGAACUAUGCUUCUGGACUGGACUGAUUCUUGAUUAUGAAAAGCACCACCAGUGUCAAGUAGUGAUUGGCUUGGCUUACUGUGGAUGUGUCAGGGAUGGCCCUUCUAUUGGAACAGACUUUGGUGAAGUACUAUCACCGUGCUGCCAGUUCUUGUUCGCUUAGAGCUGCAGAUCUCCAUUAUCCAGACUGACACCUCCAGGUACUGACAGUCUAGUAAACCAAAACAAGCAUCUCAGGGUUUUCUCUGCCUUUCUGCAUUAUAUGAAUUUUCCAACCUAUCUUAAGUGAUACUACAGAGAAGAAAAUAAUCUCUUUACCAAUGAUACUGUUCUGUGUUUUAUGACUCCUAAUGUAUUCCAGGGACAACCUCACUGAAGGAAAAGAUUUUCCUGGCACAACAAAAAUUUUCUCAAAUCAGCUGCAGCUGCCAGAUAUUUUCAGCUUUGAAUUGUUUGCAUUUAUUGGGCCUGGAGUUGGUUCAAUGAGGCAUUUCAUGUCUGCCUUGUGUCAACAGUUUGUGAGCCUUGAAGCAACUCCAGUGACCCCCUUCCUCACAUGUGAAGUGGAGGCACGGCUGCAGCAGCUGUGACCAGAGGGCUAGAAGCUGGAAAAUGUCACACCUCAGUUGAAGGGAAACUGAUACAAACCCAUGAUGUGAUGAUCUCUAAAAAAAAAAAAUAAAGAUUGCAAACAAAUGCAAGCUACAUAAAAUACUCAACCUUCUCUAUAUGAGAAACAUGGAGAGGGUUUAUAUAUGGAAGGAUAUUUUGAAGGUUAAAAAAUGUUUGUGUAGCUAAUAGUUCUUGAUGUUAGGUAUUAACAAACAGCUGUUCACCAACAAAUUAUGAAACAGUUGCUCACUCUAAAACAUAAACAUAGCUUUUAACAGACACCUAGCUGGAAAGCUGGAUUGGGAAGCAAACUAGCUCAGCUAAAAAGUCUGUCACACAAGAGGGUGAGGAUUAAAAAAGGGAAAUAGGCUGCUGAGAAAAAAUAACAUGAGGUUGCCUGUAACCAUGGGAAGCUUUCUGCACUCACUGCAGUAGGACCAGAAGUGGUCCUACUUCUGGCAGAAGUAGAAGGCAGUUGCCAACAUACAGCACAAUCUAUCAAUCCACUGAGGUUUUGCAGUUCUCUAACACUUUCAGUCAUCCAAUUCCUGGAGCUAUAUGUAAAGCAUCUGUUUUUCUGGAUUGGUGAAACUGAGUGUGUUCCAUUUACCUGAUCUUAGCCUGCGACUCCCAGGAAUUCUCAGAACAUGCUCUAGUUACUUGAAAACCUCAAAUUGAGUCUUUAAUUUAUACCUGCUGGAUAAAAGAGCUCCAACAAAGUGUUUUUUGUUGUGUUGUGGGGUUUUAUUCGCAACAUCAUGCAAAUAAAUCUAUGUGCUCUAGUAACUAAUAUGUUGCAAAUGUGUGUAACAAAAGUGUGUGGGCAGCGAGGUGAGUUUUGCAGUGUUUAGCCAGAGCUGUAGCUGGUAGCCUUUCUGGGUAUUUAUUAAAUGUUGAGGGCUGUGUGGUUUGCACUGCUUUUUUCUUGUUGUUGGGGUGGUUUACUGCCUUUUACUAUUAAAGACUUUGCCUCCUA